GGAGGGAGGGAAGCAGGGUCCUGCGGGUGACCGGGAGCCGACGUGAGGGCUUCACGCAAACAGCGAUAAAGAUACAAAGUAAAAGUAACGCCUUUUAAUGGAGCUGCUGCCCCAGGCAGAAAGGAGCUGCCGCGGGCGUGGGUGUGUGUGCUGGAGGGAAUUGAGAGAGUAUCUCUGAGGGGCGGAGACAGCUGAAAUAAGACUUUGCUUUAGUAUUGCCCCGGUUUCAGGCUUCUAGAAGGAAAUCACUACUUGCUCUGGCUUUAUGGUGGAACCUUAAGUUUUUCCUUCAGUUUAACUUGGUGGUUAUUUUCUUUCGUAUUUUGGUGAGGUGUGGUGGUGGUGGGGGGGGGGUGGGGGGAGUCCACGCUGCUGGAAGAAGUUCCCAAGCCUGGUUUCCUUUCAGUUUCCCCUCACUGGCUGUGAAGUUUAACGCAGUGUUGCUGAAGGCCAGAGGCCGAAGCCAGUGGCACCGUGGCCUCCCUCCUCGCCAAGGGCGCGCACGCUUUGGGGCGCCAGAGUGUCAGAGGCGGUGGGAGACUCAGCCAGUCCUAAGUCGCCACACGUCUCUCACGGUGUAAAGGUACAGCCUACAGAGGUGGCGUGAGGACCCCGAGAAGCUGGUGUCCUGGGCGCCCUGCCCCGCCACCCCCCCCCCGGGAUUUUUCUCCCAGACGCUGGGCCCGCCGUUGCCACCGCCGAGACUUAACAGUUUUAUGACUUUUUCGGACUUCAAUGGAAAUUUCUUGACCAAGGGAACCCAGUUCGGUCUCCCACGCUUCGCGCCGCUGUCAGACGGAGACCUGGGGCGACUCGUUAACCGCCCGCCGAGGAGCCACUUUGUAGUUUUUAUGCUCUCUCCACCCUCCAUCCCCCGGGCGAAGAAGGAUGUCCAGUUACUCGAGGGCUGGCUACCUGAUGCUGGGAUGGAAAGUCACAGCCCGAAAGCUGGCGUGAGCCGCGCGGAGAUGCCCGCUUCCCGCCUCUCCGGCUUGGGAGUCGUGUCCUGCGGGUCGGCACACUGAACUGGCAGGGACCCUCCAGCUGUGCGGGGAUCCGAGCGCCACUGCCGGCAGCGUCGCCCCACGCGCCCGGGGAGCGGCUGGUACCUGCAGGGCAGGGCGGGCAGGGCAGGGCCGUUCCCGCUCACACCCCUUGCGCAAGGAUGGCAGGACCUGGCGCGGCGUCGUAGCGGCCGGAGUGAGCAGAGAACUGCGUCUCCAGUUUCUCCUCAGGGCACGAGGCCGACUUACCUUACGGACAGCUCCCAAGCCCCCGAGAGAACGAAACCAAAGUCGCUCCUAGGAGAGGGGCUUCCGAGCCUCUCAGGGGGAGGGGGCGGACGCAGUCUGGGCGUGGGGAAUCGAGCGAGAGAAGAAAGGGGGAGCCUGGAGCUGGGUGUGCGCGCGUGGGAGCGCGCCUCGGAGCGCCCCGCACUCCGCUGGUCCAGCCCUGGGGGCACUUGAGGAGGAGGGAGUGAUAGCUGCGGGAAUAAGAGGGGACGAGAGAAACCCUCUCAAAGUGACGCCCCGAACAGGUUCUGAUUUCGAAUUUGGAGCUAAAGACUGCUAGAAAUUGGGCCUCCUUCGCACACCCCUCUCCGCCCCCACCCCGAAGCCCCGGCAGUGUGCUGCCUGCUUGCUUCCCCGCCCCUAUCUCGGAGGUCGCGGGCCGGCGGGCUCUCCGUCGGCCGCGGCUUCCUCCUCGAAACCCGCCCGCGCGCAUGAGGCCGCUGCCCCCGCCACAGGCACUGGCGCCCCCCUCGCGGUGCCCGUGGUGAUGCCAUGCCCCGCCACCACGCGGGAGGAGAGGAGGGCGGCGCCGCCGGGCUCUGGGUGAAGAGCGGCGCGGCGGCGGCGGCGGCGGGCGGGGGGCGCCUGGGCAGCGGCAUGAAGGAUGUGGAGUCGGGCCGGGGCAGGGUGCUGCUGAACUCAGUCGCCGCCAGGGGCGACGGCCUGCUGCUGCUGGGCACCCGCGCGGCCGCGCUUGGCGGCGGCGGCGGCAGCGGCGGCGGCCUGAAGGAGAGCCGCCGGGGCAAGCAGGGGGCCCGGAUGAGCCUACUGGGGAAGCCGCUCUCCUACACCAGUAGCCAGAGCUGCCGGCGCAACGUCAAGUACCGGCGGGUGCAGAACUAUCUCUACAACGUGCUGGAGAGACCCCGCGGCUGGGCGUUCAUCUACCACGCGUUCGUUUUUCUCCUUGUCUUUGGUUGCUUGAUUUUGUCAGUGUUUUCCACCAUCCCUGAGCACACAAAACUGGCCUCGAGUUGCCUCUUGAUUCUGGAGUUCGUGAUGAUUGUCGUCUUUGGUUUGGAGUUCAUCAUUCGAAUCUGGUCUGCGGGUUGCUGUUGUCGUUAUAGAGGAUGGCAAGGAAGACUGAGAUUUGCCCGAAAACCUUUCUGUGUUAUAGAUACCAUUGUUCUUAUCGCUUCAAUAGCAGUUGUUUCUGCAAAAACUCAGGGUAAUAUUUUUGCCACGUCCGCACUCAGAAGUCUCCGUUUCCUACAGAUCCUCCGCAUGGUGCGCAUGGACCGAAGGGGAGGCACUUGGAAAUUACUAGGUUCAGUGGUUUAUGCUCACAGCAAGGAAUUAAUCACAGCUUGGUACAUAGGAUUUUUGGUUCUUAUUUUUUCAUCUUUCCUUGUCUAUCUUGUGGAAAAGGAUGCCAAUAAAGAGUUUUCUACAUAUGCAGAUGCUCUCUGGUGGGGCACAAUUACAUUGACAACGAUUGGUUAUGGAGACAAAACUCCCCUGACUUGGCUCGGAAGAUUGCUUUCUGCAGGCUUUGCGCUCCUUGGCAUUUCUUUCUUUGCACUUCCUGCCGGCAUUCUUGGCUCAGGUUUUGCAUUAAAAGUACAAGAACAGCACCGCCAGAAACACUUCGAGAAAAGAAGGAACCCAGCUGCCAACCUCAUUCAGUGCGUUUGGCGUAGUUAUGCAGCCGAUGAGAAGUCUGUUUCCAUUGCCACCUGGAAGCCACACUUGAAGGCCUUGCACACCUGCAGCCCUACCAAGAAAGAACAAGGGGAAGCAUCAAGCAGUAAGUUCUGUAGUAAUAAGCAGAAGCUCUUCAGAAUGUACACCUCACGGAAGCAGAGUCAGAAGCUAAGUUUUAAGGAGCGAGUACGCAUGGCUAGCCCAAGGGGCCAGAGUAUUAAGAGCAGACAAGCGUCCGUAGGUGACAGGAGGUCCCCGAGCACCGACAUCACCGCCGAGGGCAGCCCCACCAAAGUGCAGAAGAGCUGGAGCUUCAACGACCGCACCCGCUUCCGGCCCUCGCUGCGCCUCAAAAGUUCUCAGCCCAAACCGGUGAUAGACGCCGACACGGCGCUUGGCACUGACGAUGUGUACGAUGAGAAGGGAUGCCAGUGUGACGUAUCCGUCGAGGACCUCACCCCACCACUUAAAACUGUCAUUCGAGCUAUCAGGAUUAUGAAAUUUCAUGUUGCAAAACGGAAGUUUAAGGAAACAUUACGCCCCUAUGAUGUAAAAGAUGUCAUUGAACAAUAUUCUGCUGGUCAUCUAGACAUGUUAUGUAGAAUUAAAAGUCUCCAAACACGUGUUGACCAAAUUCUCGGAAAAGGGCAAAUCACAUCAGAUAAGAAGAGCCGGGAGAAAAUAACAGCAGAACACGAAACCCCCGAUGACCUCAGUAUGCUCGGCCGGGUGGUCAAGGUGGAGAAGCAGGUACAGUCCAUCGAGUCCAAGCUGGACUGCCUGCUCGAUAUAUAUCAACAGGUCCUCCGGAAAGGCUCUGCCUCCGCCCUCACUUUGGCCUCAUUCCAGAUCCCACCUUUUGAAUGUGAACAGACAUCUGACUAUCAGAGCCCCGUGGAUAGCAAAGACCUGUCCAGUUCGGCGCAGAACAGCGGCUGCUUAUCCAGAUCGGCGAGCGCCAACAUCUCUCGAGGCCUGCAGUUCAUCCUGACGCCAAAUGAGUUCAGCGCUCAGACUUUCUACGCGCUUAGCCCUACUAUGCACAGCCAAGCAACACAGGUGCCAAUGAGUCAAAGUGACGGCUGCGCAGCGGCGGCCGCCAGCAACCUUGCAAACCAAAUAAGCGUGGCCCCUAAGCCAGCAGCCCCAACAACUUUACAGAUCCCGCCUCCUCUCCCAGUCAUCAAGCAUCUGCCCAGGCCCGAGACCCUGCACCCGAACCCCGCAGGCUUACAGGAAAGCAUUUCCGACGUCACCACCUGCCUUGUUGCCUCCAAGGAAAAUGUUCAGGUUGCACAGUCAAAUCUGACCAAGGACCGUUCUCUAAGGAAAAGCUUUGACAUGGGGGGAGAGACUCUGUUAUCUGUCCACCCCGCUGUGCCCAAGGACUUGGGCAAAUCUCUGUCGGUGCAAAACCUGAUCAGGUCGACAGAGGAACUGAAUAUACAGCUUUCUGGGAGUGAGUCAAGUGGCUCCAGAGGCAGCCAAGAUUUUUACCCCAAAUGGAGGGAAUCCAAAUUGUUUAUAACUGAUGAAGAGGUGGGUCCCGAAGAGACUGAGACAGACACGUUCGAUGCCAUGCCGCAGCCUGCCAGGGAAACCGCUUUCGCAUCGGACUCUCUAAGGACUGGAAGAUCGCGAUCAUCUCAGAGCAUUUGUAAGGCAGGAGAAAGCACGGAAGCCCUCAGCUUGCCUCAUGUCAAACUGAAAUAAGGUCUCCGUUUUCCUUCUAGCAAAGCAGUUCCUUUAGCCAUACAUAUCGUUGCAUGAACUAUUUUGAAAGCCCUUCUAAAAAGUUGAAAUUGCAAGAAUCAGGAAGAACAUGAAAGGCAGUUUAUAAGCCCGUUAUCUUUUAAUUGCAUGAAAAUGCAUGUUUAGGGAUGGCUGAAAUUCCAAGGUACAUCAACAUUAACCCACUCAUUUAGUAACGUACCUUGCGUUUAAAAUCCUGAGAAACCAAACACUGCUAACGCUAUGGGGUGUGUGAAAAUGUCAAGAUUAGGUCACUUAGAAGAUUUGACUCUUGUGUUUUGAAAUUACAGGAGUAAACAACUUCAAAUUUCAGGCAUUUCUGCUUUGUGAUUAAAUACAAAAUACGUUUUCAAAAUUAGGCCAUAAUGUAUCUGUAAACACAAUGGCUACCAUCAACCGCUGCUAACAAGGUAUCAAGUAAAGCAGAACUUGGGAAUCAUAGAAA